AUGCCACGUCAACGUUCCGCAAACCGUCCUCACCCCUUCGCGAUUGCGUCUUCGCCACAGGAAGUAGGCAGCUUUACUACGCGCCGCGAUUCCGGCAAGCUGGGAGCUUCACAGCCUCUAGACUCGCGUCGAGCAGGUGUUCUUUCAGUUGUCCUUGACUCCCAGGAGCGAAACACUUGGUGGUGGGAGGCUGGGACAGCGUCACCGCCAAUCUCCGCCGACUACCAGACAUCAACAUUUGCAACUCAGCUGGGAGCAAGACCGGUGUCCAACGCUCACAGCCUGUGGGUGUCCGACAGACUUAGCUUGCUCUCCACAGACUCCAGCGUGCCUCUCGAUAAGAAACCUGAGCCGCUAGCAACCUGGCCUUGGGAGCGCAACGAAACACCGAUCGCAGCGUUGCGCGUCUUCAACACCGUCUCGCAUAACCGGGAUGAACGCCAGCCGGCGCCACCAGCUGUUGACACAUACCCCCCAACCUGGGAGCAGCGCUUCGUAACCGACGCCGCAGAACACGACCGCCACCAGCAUCAGAGACCAAGGUCAGAACACGGCACGAUCGUGUCCUCGAUCCUAUUCCAAGACUCGCAGCCCUCGGCAUCAGCUACAGAUAUAAGCUUCUAUCCGCGGUCGACACCCUCACCCUCCUCCUUCGAUCACCGGGGUGACCGGACGGAAACAACACAUACGAGUCAUCACACUGUUAUCGAUUAUCCAUACGGGACACGACAGUACGACGACUCGCCUGUUAUCCGACCUGCGAGCUUGGUGGCUGUCGACCCAGGAGACACCAACCCACCGACGACUGAUCGAUCAGCACUGCACCACGGCGAGGAGGCUACGGACAAGUCAAAGCGGCACCGCCGAUAUAGCAAGUCAGCGAUUCUGGCUCAAAACACGUUUUAUCUCCCUCCUCUGGUCCUGGAGAAUGGGCGGGGUAGCUUCGUCUCUCUUGCUGGCAAAUCGACAGCUACGACUCGUGUCCCUCCGCCACGCAGCUUGCCAUCGUCACCAAAGGAGCCGACCUACACAAUUGCUGCUGCCUCCCAACGCAGUCGCACUUGGACUUUUGGGAGGUGUUGCAGGUCCUCGAAAGAGUUUGAUGACGAGCCUCCAUCGUCUAAGGCUGUGUACCUGGCCACCCACCCACAGCAAUCGUCAACGACCUGCCGGACCUACGCUUCCAAUACUUCGUCAUGUUUCUCGGGUUUGUCCCGGAAGUAUGCCAACAGCGAGGUUGAAAGCACACAGGGCGAAAGCAGGAAAAUGACAACGGCUCUGGAAAUCGAGGCGGCACUCCAUGAGCACGAGUGGCGGGCAAACGUCCUCAGCCAGGCUGUAGAGCAGAGUCUGAGGAUGCCGCCACUCCACCCACCAAAAGCCACAAUCACCAAAAAGAGUCCACAGUCCAAGCUCUCUCGAUCAAACAGCGGCUACGUUCCCAUCCGCUCUGGGGAUCCUCCAGAGAAAGCUCGCCCCAACACUAUCGAGAAACGACGACGGCAGGUCUCCUUCCCGGAUGACGAGCCCGCCGCGGCAGAACCGGCGCCUCCGUUGCCAAGUCUUCCAAAAAGCACCCUUCGUCCAAGGCAACACGCAACUGCAAAGCUACCCGGCCGGGUGGAAGGAACAGGUUCUGCGGUCCCCUUUCCGGUAUCCAAUGCUGUCAUUAGCGAGUCUUCGGAGCCUGACAAAACCUUUCUCCACGACAUCCCUCACGGAUCUCCAAGUGAGCGCACGAGUGAGCGCACGGAACCACUGGGAGAUUACACUGUAGAGCAACAUCCCCCUGUAGCCUUUUCACCACAAUCGUCCGAGAGACGUAAUCGCCCAUCAGGGGCCUCGGCAGCCACUGUGACACAGUCACACGUCACCAAGGUGCCCCAUCCCGAGCCGUCGGACCAUCCCGAGCUCCAAAGAGUUCUCCAGUGGCGCUCAACUGUCACUGUGGACGUCCCACUGUAG